ACUGCCCAGGCAGGGAUAGCGAGGCGGUCAAGGGAGAGGGCAGGUGGGCUGCUAGUUCUUGGAAGGGCUCAUUAAUGAAAACCCCCAAGUCUGGCCACCUGGGGGAAGGCUCACGGGUCCCCUGUGUAGCUGAUAAGGGCCAGGAGAUUCCACGGCUCAGGUAGUUCCCCCGCCCCCCUGGAGCUCUGUGGUCACCAUUAAUCAUUUCCUCUAACUGUGUAUAUAAGAGCUCUUUUGCCAGUGAGCCCAGUACUCAGAGAGAAAAGCUAAGGUCCUGAGGAAGAUGUGGCUGCAGAGUGCGCUUCUUCUGGGCACUGUGGUCUGCAGUUUGUCAGCACCUACCCGCCUACCCACCCCUGUCACUCGGCCCUGGAAACACGUGGAUGCCAUCAAAGAAGCCCUGAGCCUCCUCAACUGCAGUCAUGACACGCCUGCUAUGUUGAAAGAAACUGUAGAAGUCGUCUCUGUAAGGUUUGACAGCCAGAAGCCGACAUGCUUGCAGACCCGCCUGAAGUUGUUCCAGGACGGUCUACAGGGCAGCCUCACCAAGCUCCAGGGCCCCCUGAGCCUGAUGGCUAGCCACUACCAGAAGAACUGUCCCCCCACCCCGGAAACUGACUGCGAGACAGAGGUUCUUACCUUCACAGAUUUCAAAGAGUACCUCAAGAGCUUUCUGUUUAAGAUUCCCUUUGACUGUUGGGAGCCUGUCCAGAACUGAGGCAGCCAAAGCUCUGGGACCAACUUCUCAGACUGCUGCUUCCCCACUGCCUCCCCCUCCACAACGAUCCAGGAAUGCCAAGAUUUCUGUCUUGAAGGACCAAAGGGUGGCUCACAGUCACAGAGGAGGUGGCACAGACCUUCCUUGAACAUGCUGAUCCAGAUGUGGGCAAUGGAAGACAAAGGAGGGAUAUUUUCUAUUGAUAGGGACCAGUAAUAUUUAUUUAUAUAUUUAUGUUUUUAAAAUAUUUAUUUAUUUAUUUAUUUAUUUAAGCUCACAACUCUAUAUUUAUUCAAGAUGUCUUACCAUAAUAAUAAAUUAUUUAAA